GGACGCGGCGGGCGGGUUCCCGCGGAAUUUGGAGUGCUCCGCCUGCCUCCGCGCCGCGGGGACUCGUUGUCGUCCGCCGCGGAGGGGCCGCGGGGGCUGCGUGCGGCGACACUGGGGCGAAACGUUCUCGCAUUCCGAGGCGACGGCCCGAGCGGACUGGGCCGCAGGCCUGGGCGGCCUCACUCUCCUGGCGCAGCCGACGACUCCGGGGCCGCGCGCCGUCGGGCGGGGCCCCGCGUGCUGCAGGGGAGCCGAAGGCCUGCCAGUCUCGAGAGAGGAGCUGAGUUUUUCUAGGGGCUCUGUCAUUGGUGACCACAAUGGAAAAUUUAGACAGUGAUGAUCUGAUAACUAACAAACUUCCCAAGCUCAAGAGAUCAAAAGAAUGGUUGGAACCACAGCCACUUUCUUUUAUGGAGGUAUUAGCUAAAGAAGAUAUUGAUGCAGCUACUCAAUCAAUAUUAUAUAGAGAAAAUUAUAUAAUUAAGGAACUAGAUAAGUAUUUACAACAUCAUGACUUCUUAAAUGCAAGAAGAAAAGAGAUAUUAUAUAAAAGAUGGGUUGACCAUGUGGCAGAUCCUCUCCAGAAGAAAAUUAUAGAAAAAGUUUGUUCACAUAAGAAGAUUGAAAAAAGGAGACAAGAGGAAUUAGAUGGUUUUUUAAAACACGUAAAUAAAAAGGGAAAUGCAUUUGCAGAGCACUAUGAUCCAGAAGAGUAUGAUCCUUUUUAUAUGAGCAAAGAGGACCCAAAUUUUCUGAAGGCAUUAGCUAGAGAAGACAUUGACGAAGCUGUACACGCUAUAUUAUUUAGAGAAAAUUACGUUGUGAAGAAAUUGGAUAUGUAUUUUCAGCAUCUGGAUAUUUUUAAGGAAAGAAGAAAAGAGAUGUUACAUAAAAAAUGGAUUGAAAAUGUUGCAGAGCCUCUUCAGCAGAGAAUUAUGGAAAAAGUAAUUUCAUAUAGAGGGUUGGAAAAAACGAAACAAGAGAAUUUUGAAUAUUUUUUAAAGCACAUGAAUAAAACGGAAAUGAUAGGAGACUUUUAUGAUCCUGAAGUAUACAAUCCUUUUUAUAUGAUGAAAAAGGACCCAAAUUAUGGAAAGGUUACAGUCCCUCCAUUUUGUGACCCUCUGUUUAGAAGACAGCAAGAGACGGAUGAAGAGAAGAGAGCUGUUUUUCAAUACAAGACAGGAAAACGAUAUACCUUAAAAGAAUUUAAAGAAAUAGAGAAGGCCAGGCUGUAUGGCAAAUUGCCCCAGUUCGCUUUCACUCUACACAGUGUGAUUCCGAAAGCGUGGCACAAAGCCUCUGUGAGCCCUGGGAGAAGUAGGACUCGUAGGAAACGCAGUCCUGAAAAGCUUAUCUGUGCAGAAAAGAAAUAUCUGCCUGAUAAAGAGAAAAAGACCUCCAACCUAAGUCAGACUAUUUUUGAAAGGCAGUUUCAUUCCUCGAAGCUCAGCCAGGAGAAUGAAAGGAAUGAAAAGCAGGGUCUGGUUUUAGGAACCAGACGGCACAGACCCCAAUCCUGGGCGGCUGGGGAAGGCCAGCACAGAAGGGGGUCCCAGCCUGUGGAACGAAGAGUGAUGACAGCAGAGGUCCUGGCCCAGCACCUGGCCACCCUGCAGCUGGGGGUCCGGCAAGAGAGCUGGGAACUGCACCAGCUGUGAGGAGGCGUGUGUAAUAAAGCUUUGUGGAACUUUAGUUUGCAGUGUCUAUUAAGUUAAAAUACUACCACCAUGUUUUCUCUCUCCAGAAGUGGAAAGAUAUUGCAAGAAAUAUCCAAAUAAUAAUAGUUAUUGUUUAUUGAGCUCCUGUUGUGAACCAGGAACUGUGUGAGGUAUUUUAUAUUCAUUUAAUGGCUUUUCACAGCAAGAUAGUAUUAUCUCCCAAUACAUGAAGCUCCCAGAGGUUCGGUGGCUUGCUCAAGGUCAAUUGCACAGCUUGAAAGUGGCAGUGUCCUAUUCCUAGUCCAGUCCCUCUGGUGCCAAAGCACACGUUCCUUCACCAGGGCACACUCUCCUC